UCUCUACUUCUUCUUUCUUCUUCUAUUCCGCAAAUCCACCAAACACAUCAACUUCUCUAUCUCUAUCGCUUUCUCUUGAUCAUGAAGAUAUGCGAGCUUUGCAAUGCGCCUGCCAGGAUGUAUUGUGAUUCCGAUCAAGCAUUUAUUUGUUUGGACUGCGAUUCUAGGGUUCAUUCCGCCAAUUUUCUAGUUGCUAAACAUAUCAGGAAUCUACUCUGUCGCGUUUGUCAGUCUUCCACGCCGUGGAAAGCUUCUGGUCCCAGCCUAGGUCUGAUUGUGUCCAUGUGUAUCAGAUGCGUUGACGGUUAUGAUCGAAUGAAAGUGCUCCGUUCUGGAAAACAGUAUGAAGAAGAAAUUCAGGUUGUUCCUUUGUCGUCGGAUCAAGAUCAAUCUCAAUCUCAAUCUCCUCCUGCUGCUGCGAGUUCAUCUAGCUGUUUAGAUUCGUCCAACAGGAUCUUGAAGCGAAUGAGAGGAAAUCAUAAUAAUGUAGAUCUCACAUCUGAUGACGAUGAUGAUGAUGAUGAAUGUUGUUCAUCUUCUUUGAGAGGAAGUUCAAGAGCGUUGAAAGUUCAAAGACUGGAAUCGAAUGAAUCAUAACCCUAAGGUUGAUGAUCAUUAGAA